AAGUAGCUACGCAUGUGGAUUUUAGUUGGCUGUUUACACAAGAAACCAUAGCCUUUAAAACGGCAGUAUGAGAUGAAGACAAAUAAGGCAAGUCAGUAAGAUGUUAGCUUAUUAUUUAUUUAUAUAUGACCGAAUUUAUUAUUAGAAAAUAGCAUCAAUUGGUAUUUAUUUUAUAAUAUUUCCAUUUUGGGCAUCAGGUCUUCAGCUACUCUCAUAUGUAUAUUAUACUAUCAGUGUAGUCUCUGGAUUGUCAUCAAAUGAGUUUGUCACACAGAUCAGAUGAGUUUGCACUUUGCCUGAAGGUGUGUGCUUAUAAAAGGUUUUAAAACUACUAUAGAGUGUGGUUCCACUGGGGCUGUGCAGACAUCAGCAUCAUGCCCCUGUCAGACUUUCUGGACGGCCUGAAGGACAACCCUUACUUCGGGGCUGGGUUCGGACUGGUGGGGAUUGGGACAGCCAUGGCAGUGGCCAGGAAAAGCGCCCAGGUUGGGAUGAUCUUCUUCCGCAGGAACUACAUGAUCACUCUGGAGGUCCCCAGCAAGGAUAAGAGCUACCACUGGCUGUUGAGCUGGAUCACCAAACACGCCAAGCACACCCAACACCUGAGCGUGGAGACCUCCUACCUGGCCCAUGAGAGCGGACGGGUUCACACGCAGUUUGACUUCCACCCGAGCCCCGGGAACCACAUCAUCUGGUACGGCAGGAAGUGGAUCAGGGUGGAGAGGACCAGGGAGAAGCAGAUGGUGGAUCUGCACACUGGCACCCCGUGGGAGUCUGUAACCUUCACUGCUUUAGGCAGGGACAGACAAAUCUUCUUUAACAUCCUCCAAGAAGCGAGGGAAUUGCCAUGAAAGCAGGAAGAGGGACGGACAGUGAUGUACACAGCCAUGGUGGCCGAGUGGAGGCCAUUGGGUUCCGCGCGAUCGCCGACCCCUCUAGCUCUUUGGUUGCUGCAUGAGGUCCGUGUCCGGAUCGGUAUGUCGUAUGAAGAUGUGAAGGAGUUCAUCGGAAACGCGCCAAUGGUUUACACAGACGUAGAGGUGGGACUGAGUCACCAGCAUUAA